UAAAAAUUAGGGUUUCUUGGGUUUGUUUAUAUUUCACACUCUCCUCUUUCAUUUCGUGCUGCUGCUGCUCAAAUAUCGAAAACCUAACUCAGUCUCAAGGGUAUAGAAGAAUUUGAAAAUGGUGGAGAAGGGCGCCGCAGGUAGAAAAGAGGAAGUUGUUACUCGUGAGUACACAAUCAACCUCCACAAGCGUCUUCAUGGCUGCACCUUCAAAAAGAAGGCACCAAAUGCUAUAAAGGAGAUAAGGAAAUUUACUCAAAAAGCCAUGGGCACUAACGAUGUCAGGGUCGAUGUCAAGCUGAACAAGGCUAUCUGGAGUCAGGGAAUUAGAAGUGUACCCAGGAGGAUCAGGGUACGCAUUGCUCGCAAGAGGAAUGAUGACGAAGACGCCAAGGAAGAAUUGUACUCCCUUGUCACCGUUGUUGAAAUUCCAAAGGAAGAGCUAAAAGGUUUGGGCACCAAGGUCAUAGAUGAUGAAGAUUGAUUUAUUUAUCAUAUAUCUAUCUCUGUUUUGAAGCCUUGAGAAACAUAUCUAGUAUUUUGCUUUCUUCAAUUGAGUCUAUCUUUAGAUUGUGAAACUAAUUUUGUUGAGACAUUGAGUUAUAUAUCACCUGUUUUUGUGUUUCCAUUAAGAUGGUUGGUAAAAGAAUUAUUCAUUUUAGCCCCAUUUUGUUUA